CGCCGCGGGAGGAGGCGGCGGCAUGGGGGCAGGCGCUGGCUUCGCGCGAGCCCGGGCCGGAGCGGCGCGCUAGAGCCCUGACGUGCGCCCUUUUCUUUCUUCUCCCGGCCGCGGAAAGCAUGAGCGUGCAGACCCGCCGCUGCGGCGGCCGCCCCGGCUCCUCGCCCGCGCGUCCCCUGGCCGCCGGGCGCCGGUGAGGGCCGCGAGCGCGCGCGGUGGUGGUGGUGGGGGAAGAUGGGGGCCGUGCUGAGGAGCCUCCUGGCCUGCAGCUUCUGCGUGCUGCUGAGAGCGGCCCCUUUGUUGCUUUAUGCAAACAGACGGGACUUGAGAUUGGUUGAUGCUACAAAUGGCAAAGAGAAUGCAACGAUUGUAGUUGGAGGCUUGGAGGAUGCAGCUGCGGUGGACUUUGUGUUUGGUCAUGGCUUGAUAUACUGGAGUGAUGUCAGCGAAGAAGCCAUUAAACGAACAGAAUUUAACAAAACUGAGAGUGUACAGAAUGUUGUUGUUUCUGGAUUAUUGUCCCCGGAUGGGCUGGCAUGUGAUUGGCUUGGAGAAAAAUUGUACUGGACAGAUUCUGAAACUAAUCGUAUCGAAGUUUCUAAUUUAGAUGGAUCUUUACGAAAAGUUUUAUUUUGGCAAGAGUUGGAUCAACCAAGAGCUAUUGCCUUAGAUCCAUCAAGUGGGUUCAUGUACUGGACAGACUGGGGAGAAGUGCCAAAGAUAGAGCGUGCUGGGAUGGAUGGCUCAAGUCGCUUCGUUAUAAUAAACACCGAGAUUUACUGGCCAAACGGACUGACUCUGGAUUAUCAGGAGCGGAAGCUUUACUGGGCCGAUGCAAAACUUAAUUUCAUCCAUAAAUCAAACCUGGAUGGAACAAAUCGGCAGGCAGUGGUUAAAGGUUCCCUUCCACAUCCUUUUGCCUUGACGUUAUUUGAGGACACAUUGUACUGGACUGACUGGAAUACACACUCUAUUUUGGCUUGCAACAAAUAUACUGGCGAGGGUCUGCGUGAAAUUCAUUCUAACAUCUUCUCUCCCAUGGAUAUACAUGCUUUCAGCCAACAGAGGCAGCCAAAUGCUACAAAUCCAUGUGGAAUUGAUAAUGGUGGUUGUUCCCAUUUGUGUUUGAUGUCUCCAGUCAAGCCUUUUUAUCAGUGUGCUUGCCCAACUGGGGUCAAGCUUCUGGAGAAUGGAAAGACCUGCAAAGAUGGUGCCACUGAACUAUUGCUGUUAGCCCGACGGACAGACUUGAGGCGAAUUUCUUUGGAUACACCUGAUUUUACUGACAUUGUCCUGCAGUUAGAAGAUAUCCGGCAUGCCAUUGCCAUAGACUACGAUCCUGUAGAAGGCUACAUAUACUGGACUGAUGACGAAGUGAAGGCCAUCCGUCGCUCUUUCAUAGAUGGAUCUGGCAGUCAGUUUGUGGUCACGGCCCAGAUUGCUCAUCCUGAUGGUAUUGCUGUUGACUGGGUUGCAAGGAACCUGUACUGGACAGACACUGGCACGGAUCGCAUAGAAGUGACAAGGCUCAAUGGGACCAUGAGGAAGAUCUUGAUUUCAGAGGACUUAGAGGAGCCCCGGGCUAUCGUGUUAGAUCCCAUGGUUGGGUACAUGUAUUGGACAGACUGGGGAGAAAUCCCAAAAAUAGAGCGAGCUGCUCUGGACGGAUCUGACCGAGUAGUUCUUGUCAACACUUCCCUUGGUUGGCCAAAUGGCUUAGCCCUGGAUUAUGAUGAAGGCACAAUAUACUGGGGAGACGCCAAAACAGACAAAAUUGAGGUUAUGAAUACCGAUGGCACCGGGAGGCGAGUGCUGGUGGAAGACAAGAUCCCUCACAUAUUUGGGUUUACCUUGCUGGGAGACUAUGUUUACUGGACUGACUGGCAGAGGCGGAGCAUCGAGAGAGUACACAAACGGAGUGCAGAGAGGGAGGUCAUCAUAGACCAGCUGCCAGACCUCAUGGGACUGAAGGCCACAAGUGUUCACAGAGCCAUUGGUUCUAAUCCCUGUGCUGAGGACAAUGGAGGAUGUAGCCAUCUUUGCCUAUACAGGCCUCAGGGGCUUCGAUGCGCCUGUCCCAUUGGCUUUGAGCUCAUCAGUGACAUGAAGACAUGCAUUGUCCCCGAGGCUUUCCUUCUGUUCUCACGGAGAGCGGAUAUCAGACGCAUAUCUUUGGAAACAAACAACAACAAUGUGGCCAUUCCUCUCACUGGUGUCAAAGAAGCUUCUGCUUUGGAUUUUGAUGUCACAGACAACAGAAUUUACUGGACUGAUAUAUCACUGAAGACUAUUAGCAGAGCCUUUAUGAAUGGCAGUGCACUGGAACAUGUGGUAGAGUUUGGCUUAGAUUAUCCAGAAGGCAUGGCAGUGGACUGGCUUGGGAAGAACUUAUACUGGGCAGACACAGGAACAAAUCGCAUUGAGGUAUCAAAGUUGGACGGACAGCACCGGCAGGUUUUGGUAUGGAAAGACCUUGACAGUCCUCGAGCUCUGGCACUGGAUCCUGCUGAAGGGUUUAUGUAUUGGACUGAGUGGGGAGGGAAACCUAAGAUUGACAGGGCUGCUAUGGACGGAAGUGAACGCACGACAUUAGUUCCAAAUGUGGGCCGAGCAAAUGGCCUCACCAUCGACUAUGCUAAAAGGCGGCUUUACUGGACAGACCUGGACACUAACCUAAUAGAAUCCUCAAAUAUGCUCGGCCUCAACCGUGAAGUUAUAGCAGAUGACUUGCCUCAUCCUUUUGGCUUAACUCAGUACCAAGAUUACAUCUACUGGACAGACUGGAGCCGACGCAGCAUCGAACGUGCCAACAAAACCAGUGGCCAAAACCGCACCAUCAUCCAGGGCCAUUUGGACUAUGUGAUGGACAUCCUGGUCUUCCACUCUUCCCGGCAGGCAGGGUGGAAUGAGUGCGCCUCCAGCAAUGGGCACUGCUCCCACCUCUGCUUGGCUGUACCCGUGGGAGGCUUUGUGUGUGGAUGCCCUGCCCACUACUCCCUGAAUGCUGACAACAGGACCUGCAGUGCUCCUACCACCUUCCUGCUCUUCAGUCAGAAGAGCGCCAUCAACCGCAUGGUGAUUGAUGAACAACAGAGCCCUGACAUCAUCCUUCCUAUCCACAGCCUUCGGAAUGUCCGGGCCAUUGAUUAUGACCCUUUGGACAAGCAGCUCUACUGGAUUGACUCUCGACAGAACUCGAUACGAAAGGCACAUGAAGAUGGUGGCCAGGGGUUUAAUGUAGUUGCAAGCUCAGCCCCAAAUCAGAACCUUGAAAUACAGCCCUAUGAUCUCAGCAUUGAUAUUUAUAGCCGUUACAUCUACUGGACCUGUGAAGCUACCAAUGUCAUUGAUGUGACAAGAUUAGAUGGACGAUCAGUUGGGGUGGUUCUAAAAGGCGAGCAAGACAGACCUCGAGCCAUUGUGGUAAACCCCGAGAAAGGGUAUAUGUAUUUUACCAAUCUUCAGGAAAGAUCUCCUAAAAUUGAACGGGCUGCAUUGGAUGGUACAGAGCGAGAGGUCCUCUUUUUCAGUGGCUUAAGUAAACCGAUUGCUUUGGCUCUUGAUAGCAAGCUGGGCAAGCUCUUCUGGGCCGACUCAGAUCUCCGGCGAAUUGAAAGCAGCGAUCUCUCAGGUGCCAACAGGAUAGUGCUAGAAGACUCUAAUAUAUUACAGCCUGUGGGCCUGACUGUGUUUGAAAACUGGCUCUAUUGGAUUGAUAAACAGCAGCAGAUGAUUGAAAAAAUUGACAUGACUGGUCGAGAAGGAAGAACCAAGGUCCAGGCUCGAAUUGCUCAGCUGAGUGACAUCCAUGCAGUAAAGGAGCUGAACCUUCAGGAGUACAGACAGCACCCUUGUGCCCAGGAUAAUGGUGGCUGUUCACAUAUUUGCCUUGUAAAAGGAGAUGGUACUACAAGAUGCUCCUGCCCCAUGCACUUAGUUCUGCUUCAGGAUGAGCUGUCCUGUGGAGAGCCUCCGACAUGUUCUCCUCAGCAGUUUACCUGCUUCACUGGAGACAUUGACUGCAUCCCUGUGGCUUGGCGGUGCGAUGGGUUCACUGAAUGCGAAGACCACAGCGAUGAACUCAAUUGUCCUGUGUGCUCAGAGUCUCAGUUCCAGUGUGCCAGCGGGCAGUGCAUUGAUGGUGCCCUUCGAUGCAAUGGUGAUGCGAACUGCCAGGACAAAUCAGACGAGAAGAACUGUGAAGUGCUUUGUUUAAUUGAUCAGUUCCGCUGUGCCAAUGGUCAAUGCGUUGGAAAGCACAAGAAAUGUGACCACAGUGUGGACUGCAGUGACAGAUCUGACGAACUGGACUGUUAUCCAACUGAGGAGCCAGCACCACAGGCCACCAACACAGUUGGUUCCGUUAUUGGAGUAAUUGUCACCAUUUUUGUGUCUGGAACCAUAUACUUUAUCUGCCAAAGGAUGCUGUGUCCUCGUAUGAAGGGAGACGGGGAGACCAUGACUAAUGACUAUGUGGUUCACAGCCCAGCAUCUGUUCCCCUUGGUUAUGUUCCUCACCCAAGCUCUCUCUCUGGAUCUCUUCCAGGAAUGUCUCGAGGCAAAUCAAUGAUCAGUUCCCUCAGUAUCAUGGGAGGAAGCAGUGGGCCUCCCUACGAUCGAGCGCACGUCACGGGAGCAUCCUCAAGCAGUUCUUCAAGUACCAAAGGCACUUACUUCCCUGCAAUUUUGAACCCACCACCAUCGCCUGCCACUGAAAGAUCCCAUUAUACCAUGGAAUUUGGUUAUUCUUCCAACAGUCCUUCCACACAUAGGUCCUACAGCUACAGGCCGUACAGCUACCGGCACUUUGCACCGCCCACCACACCCUGCAGCACUGAUGUCUGUGACAGUGACUAUGCUCCUAGCCGAAGGGUGACCUCAGUGACAACAGCCAAGGGCUACACCAGUGACUUGAACUAUGACUCAGAACCUGUGCCCCCACCACCCACACCCCGAAGCCAGUACCUGUCAGCAGAGGAGAACUAUGAAAGCUGCCCCCCUUCCCCAUACACGGAGAGGAGUUACUCCCACCACCUCUACCCACCACCACCCUCCCCCUGCACGGACUCCUCCUGAGGAGGGCCCCUCCUCCUCUGACUGCCUCCACCGGGACAUGUAAAUACACAUCUGGUUGAGAUCUGGAGGGGGGGAGGGAGCUAUAGAGAAGAGUGAGGCAGACUCUGUACAGUUAACAUUAUAAAGUGGGUGGGGUACUGGAGAUAUUUGUACAGAAGAAAAGGAUAUUUAUAUAUUUUCUUAAAACAGCGGUUUUGCUGCUUGUGCCAUAAAAGUUUGUAUAAAAAAAUAAAUUUGUACUAAAAGUUUUAUUUUUGCAAACUAAAUACACAGAGCAUGCCUUAAGCCCAGUGAGGAGACUGAGGACAAAGGAAACAGGAAGAGAAAGGCAUCACUGACCAGGAAUGUCUGGGUUUUAAUGAUACCAAAAAAAUAAAAGGAGAAAGUAAUUCCGUCUCAGAGUGGCAGACUUAGAAGUAGCCAAAUUGCCUUUGGAUUAACUAACAUUUGAGGGCCGACAAGUUGAGAAGCCAUGAAAGAAGAAAUAGCAGUACUAACUUUGGACACAGGGCUUUGUUUUCUCUAAGAAUCCAGCAGUUUUCAUGAGGAAAAUAGAUAGUUGUGAGAUCUGUUUUGAGUGUUGCUGUUGUAGAAGCUGAAGCGUCUCUUGCAGGAGCUGCGGAGCCGCUGAGAGCUCUCACCUGUCAUGGUCCAUGGUAAUGCCAGCCGCUCUCACAGUCGGCCUCCCAGCACCUUGGAGACCAUUUUGCUAAGAGCCAUGAUUUAUUUAAGCUUUUUAAUCUGAGGAGUUGAUUAAAUGGAAUUUACUAAACACGAGAUUGAAUUGAUUUCAAUGUACCUACUAUGUUCGUUCAGCAAUUGGCUGAGUUUUUAAGUUGUUGGCUGUUUUUGCAUAAUCAAAAGUUAGCCAUAUUAUUGGUCUUCCACAAUUGGUUUAAUGCUCAUUAAAGUGUCUUUUUAGAACAUAUAAGAAUGCUUAAAAAUCACAAAUCUGUUAUAUUCUUGUAAAUUAGCUUUGUAUCCUUGCAGCAUGCAGUAUCACAGUGUGAAAUCAUUUUAUGUAUUUUUUUAGUAAAACAUUUCAAUGUGCUCUGGUUAGAAACAGUCUGUUUAAAAAGAAAUUCUUGUUGUUAGUAGGCAUCCCCUAGAUGAACUGUUUGUGACAUUUUCACUUUCUGUGGACCAGCUUUUCUCAGAGUGAUGUCUGCAGGCAUAGCUCUGCCAGUGUGCUGUGAGGUAGCUUCUUGUUAUGCGCUGUGAAUGUGUGUUCACACGGCCCACAGUCUGUCCUUAGUCUACUCCUGUGUCUCUCUGUGUGCUCUUUCCUAUCCCAUUAUGGAUUAAGACAAUUUCACAGAUUUAACAGUGGGAUUAAAUGAGAAGACACUGUGAACUUCUCAGCUGCAGAAACUUGAGCAGUGGAGACGGUGGAAGUCUCCUGUCACAUGCCUGACCUACUGUCUGUCACAUACCGGGCUGCUAUGUCUGUCACUGUUGGGGUUGGCCUGUGGGAUGACCCUGCUGGGUACUAGUUUCCUGCUUUCAUGUGUGUCUAGCACUGCUCUCCUAAAGCUGAACUGUUUUUAAGCUAGUAUGAUUUUUACCUUAUCAGGUGUCGAUUAAUUAUUGAAUACAUUUUUUAAAUUAUAUAUUGAAUUGUAUCUCUGAAUUUCAGAGCCUAAGGGGAAACAAUGAAAGAAAUGAUUCCAGAAUUUUGGCAGAGUUUAAGUGACUGUAAAAAACAAAACAAAACGCCUAAGAACGUUUUUAAAGAGAAAAAAACUCCUUUCCGACUAAUGCGUGGUUGUUGUGGACAGCUUAGUGAGAAUCAGGGGCCCUUGCCUUGCAUCUAAGUAAAUAGCAAUCCACCCAUGUCCUGCGUUUCAGUCAGAUAAGCGUUAACUCUUCCUGUUACUGAGACGAACUGCACAGUGUCUUAAGACAGACUGGACACUGAACUUGCCUUCUGUGACACACAGGCCACCUGAUGCUUCUGUGAAGACGGGAGGGUAGCAGUACUGGGUAUCGGUCAGAAUUGGAAAAUUCUUUAUGUUUACAUUUUCAAUGUGUGUCUUUAUCUGGUGGGCUUCCCAUGUAGGAGAGACUUGCAAUGUAGUGCACUGGGAAGGGCGUGGCUUGUUUCGUCUCAGUCCAAGUGCUUGUGCUGGGUAGCAAUAGCCUCUUCUUGGAAAAUACUAAUUUGAGUGCCAAUUUGUUGAAAUGAUUUGAAGGCGGUUCGGGUUAGUCUCAGGACCCUCUUUCUGGGGCCGCUCAGCCACCAUGAAUAUUUCUGAGACUACUUUUAGUGAGGGUCAUUAAAUUUGGGAAAGAUGAUAAUGAUACUCAAGUUACAUGGACAGUUAAGUUUAAGUAAACUGUCUCAAUUACUGAACAUAAGAAAAAUGAGGGAAAAUAAACUCAAGAGAACACAGUUGGGGAAAGGGAAAAGAAAGUUUCAAAUUAGGUUGCAUCUAGAUUCAUUACUCAAGAAGAAACAUGAAUAAAUUUGAUUAGAUUUCAUAGUUGCAAGGGUAUUUACCUUGAAUGCAUAUCUUAAAGUAUGCCUGCUUCCUGAUUGGAGAGUGUAUGAGGUGAGCUUUUGUCUAGCUUGCUUUUUACACUGCAGUGAGCUUUUCUGCGUGCAGUCUUUUAUAACUAAGACUCAGACUCAUUUGCAGCUCAAGUCUUCUAACCAAGGCCAAGAGUUCUUGCUAAGGUCAGAUAAAUGGCAAAGGAAGAUAAGGUUCAAUUUAGAAUCGGUGGGUAGAAUGUUAUUAGUAUUUUUGUUCUGUUUUUAAAUUUUACAAUCUUUUUCACAAUGAAUACUAACUUGUAAAAAAAAAAUGGCCAUCUAUUUUAGGUAGCAGUUUUGGGGGGGACAUCUUUUUGUCUUGUCAUUAAGUCCCGUCAGUGAACACAGUUGUUGUGUUAGUCACCUCACCAGCUAAUUGAGAUGUGUCUAGUGACCAAGAAGGCUUUCUGCAGGGAAGUCUGCUUCCCUGCAAGGCCCAGGAACAAGUCUGUUCAGCUCCAACAGUCUGCUUUCAGUGACUGCAGUGCUUAGAACUUUAUAGAAACAAUUACAAACUGAUUUCCUACUCAAAAUUAGACUAUAGAUAGGAGUUUGGGUAUCAGUUGCUUGGCAGUAUUUAAGAAUUCACAAAUGAGAGCCAUGCACGAGUGUGGAUAUAGACUGAGUCCUAAACAAGGUUACCGCCAAGCGUUAGUUAAAAUGUCAGAAUCCCUUUUAAUCUCUUGGGGUUUCCUUAUCCCAGGCCUAAAACAGGCUGUGAGAAGAGGUGUGCUUUUAGGACCUCUGGAAGACAUUGCUUUGUAAUAGUGGCAAGAUUUGGCCUUUGAAACCCUAGGUUUUUCAAGUCAAGGACUUUGGGCCUCAAAUACAAAGCUACACAUUUGUGACCUAAAUACUUUAUCUUGUGGGUCCACGUAGCCCGCGCCUUUCUCCGAUUGAACAGCUCGGUGAACUCAGCUUACGCCUGAGCGGGGAGUUGGGGGGCAGAUGCUCGGGUUUACCUUGAUGACCUAAGAGUCACCUCCUUCAAAGAAGGAAACUGUCAUUUUAAACAUUGUUUUAACAUUUUCACAAGGCAUUUAAAAAGCAUUCCUGAUUUUAUUCCUAGGGAAUUUUUGGGAUUGCAAAUUGAUGUACUCAGAACAUGGCCCAACACUUUCCCUCCUUCCCUUGGAGCUCUAGACAGCCUCCUUCUGCUUCACUGUCCACUUGGGGCUUGCUUUGUUUUUGUUUUUGUUUUGUUUUGUUUUUUCCAUCAAAUACAGAAAAGUUGAGGGGUGGUAUAGCUAUACAUCCAUGUGGCUGUGCAUAUGUAUCAAUGCCUAAAUGUGAGUAUUCAGAGGAAAGGCAGGCAGGGGACUGCUCCCAUCAGUCUGGUGAGAGGAGCCUGGGGAGGGGAUACAGGAGGCUGAACCUGACUGGCCUUGUUGCAAGUGAAGGAUCUGGUGCUGCUUUCGAUGUUUGUCCUUUAUGAGUCUAAACUUUUUCUUAAGCUUUAAUCUUUAUCAUUGUCUUAAAGUCAGCUGGUGUUUCUUGUACAUCGACUUUGGAACGAUGGUGCUUUGCAAGGAUGUAUUUAUAUUAUAAUGGCCAACAUUUGGUCAGCCCUUGUCCACUUAUUCACUUCCCUCCUUUUGUAAAAUAAGUGCUUUAAUUAUAAACUGUAUAAAUACCUUGUAUAAACCUCCCUUUUGAUUAUUACAAAAAGCUGAAUUGUAACAAAUGAAAUGUUGAUUUUUAUAAUAAAACAUUG